CCUUUAAAAAGGCAGGAGCCGCCAACGUCGGCACCCAGUCGCUCCGAAGUUGCAGCUUCUCAGUACCCUCAACGACUCAAGGGGUCCUCAUCAUCAUCAUCCUCCUCCUCCUCCUCAGCACAAGGCAGACGGACCGCACCAAGCUAGAGACAUGUCUGGAGCUCUGCAAACACUCUUACUGCUGGCACUCCUUCACCUCGCCACCCAGACGCCUGUUAGUGCCAAGUCGAAGGUGAGCACAUUCAGGAGCAGAUUUCUGGGCCACCCAGUCGGAGGUCUGGGCUAUGGCGGUCUAGGCUAUCCUGGAGUGGCCAUUGCAAGAGGCUACAAGCAUCACACAACUGGACUCGUCCAGUCUUACGGUGGGCUCGGAUACCUUGGGGGCCCCUACCACCAUGGCAUCGGCGGACUCGGCUACCCGCUGGGCGUCGUCGGCGCCGGCGGCGUCGUAGCGGCUCCCCACGUGGUCGCCGGCAAACUCGGCUACCCGCUGGGGGCCGUCGGCGCCGCCGGCCUCGUCGCGGAUCCCCGAGUGGUCGCCGGCAAACUCGGCUACCCGCUGGGCGUCGUCGGCGGUGUCGUGGCGGCUGCUCCGCGAGUGGUCGCCGGCAAACUCGGCUACCCGCUGGGCGUCGUCGGCGGUGUCGUGGCGGCUGCUCCGCGAGUGGUCGCCGGCAAACUCGGCUACCCCCUGGGCGUCGUCGGCGGUGUCGUCGCGGCUGCUCCGCGAGUGGUCGCCGGCAAACUCGGCUACCCGCUGGGCGUCGUCGGCGCCGGCGGUGUCGUCGCGGAUCCCCGAGUGGUCGCCGGCAAACUCGGCUACCCGCUGGGCGUCGUCGGUGCCGGCGGUGUCGUCGCGGAUCCCCGAGUGGUCACCGGCAAACUCGGCUACCCGCUGGGGGCCGUCGGCGCCGGCGGUGUCGUCGCGGCUGCUCCCCACGUGGUCAGCGGCAAAGUCGCACAACCCGUGGCCGCUGUGGCCGCUCCCCACCUCCUGCCCGGUCCCGCGUAUGCAGCUGCCCCCUUCGCACCCGCUGUUGCUGACCCCGGCCCCGAGGUCGUCGCUGAGGAAGGCAUUGAUGUGGAGGUCGAGGAAGAGGCACCUCUCCCCGUCAUCCCUGAAGAUGUGACGCUGCAUGGUCGGGAACAAUUGGUUCCGCUUCGGUGCUCGACAAAGACCGCUACUGACGUGGCACCAGGAUUUCUGGGUAAUCCUUGCCUCGCCGCACCAGCCCUGCGUCCCCUCUGCAGUUACUUCGGGCAGAAGUGCUGCCUGUCGAAGGGGCCCAAGGCUCUGGCGAAGAAGUAACUGGUCAACGACACGUUCCGGACAGAUGCCGCCUCUACGGUCUUCCCCACAGCUGCCCGCCCGUUCGCUCGCUCGCUCGCUCGCCCGCUCGCUCACACCCUCAACCUCACCCUCACCCCC